CAGAGCAGCCCCUGACAUUUAAGGGAUUCUCUUUUGUGCACUUGUAUAGUCAAAGUUAAAUGAAUAAGCCUUUUAAAGAUAUUAUGUCAUGUAGGUUGAGCCUGUAAGACAGUUGGGUCUCCAUUGGCUAAUUGGGAGGCAGGAGGGGAGGGCUUGACGGAGUAAGCUGUAUUACUUGAGAGCUGGCUCAGGGAUUUUCUGUGGGUUUGCCCACUAGUGCAGCAGCUGCUGAUGGUGCUCUCUAGCACAGCUCGGCAGCCAAACACAGACCCAACAGCAGAUAGAACUGAAAGCGGAGACUGGAGAGGACUGACAAGCUCCCACUGAGAAUUUUCAGCCUUGCAAAGUCUCCCGGGUGAUGCAAAAAAAAAAAAAAAGAAGCUUUUAUGGCCGAGACCACCCCAACGUAGCAUCAUUUAAAGGGUCUUGAUUUUAUCGAAAACCUUUUUUUUUUUUUUUUAUUUAUUGCAAGUCUGGAACGCAAAAAUCACAUUCGUUCUUUUUUUAUUCCGAAAAAAUAAAGCUUGAUGAAUGGUGGCUUUAUCUGAAGUUGGGCUGUUUUCUUUCCUCACCCCCCCUGCCUCGGGGAUUCCUCCAGGGUGUCCGGUUUGUGAAUAGGGAUCUGGCUACUAGCUGCUCUUCUACAUUGUGCCGGAUUUAAUGCUGAGACAUGCUAAACUAUAGCCAGGGAAAGGGACAGGUGAAGGACUAUGGAAAAAUCCAGCAGUGAGGACUCUUCCAUACAUCGAAGUCCGUCCGUGGACAGUAGGGAUUCGGCAAAACCGUCUACCUCAAGUAGGGAGUUUGGUCGAGGAUUCACAGCUGGGGCUUUUUUUGGCAAUUCGGGAUCUCGUACGCAGAGUCAUACCGGCGUGAAAAGGGACAAGUACAGCGCUCCCAAAGGUGGCAAAUAUGUUGUGUUUUACCUGGAUCUAUCGUUUGUUUUUCUUCUAGAAUUCAAAAAGUGCAACAUGGCUCGGGGCUGUCUCUGUUGUUUGAAAUACAUGAUGUUCCUCUUUAACUUGAUAUUUUGGCUCUGUGGAUGCGGAUUAUUGGGAGUUGGAAUAUGGCUGUCUGUAUCACAAGGAAACUUUGCAACAUUUUCUCCCAGUUUUCCAUCGCUCUCAGCGGCAAACCUAGUGAUUGCCAUCGGCACAAUUGUCAUGGUGACCGGCUUCCUCGGUUGUCUAGGUGCUAUCAAGGAAAACAAGUGCCUACUUUUAAGUUUUUUCAUCAUUUUGCUGAUUAUUCUUUUGGCUGAGCUAAUACUCCUUAUCCUAUUCUUUGUCUACAUGGACAAGGUCAAUGAGAAUGCAAAGCAGGAUUUGAAAGAUGGUUUAUUGCUUUACAAUACAGAGAAUAAUGUCGGGCUGAAGAACGCAUGGAACAUUAUUCAGGCUGAAAUGCAUUGCUGCGGGGUGACAGAUUACACAGAUUGGUACCCAGUACUGGGAGAGAACACAGUUCCUGAUCGAUGCUGUAUGGAGAAUUCCCAGGACUGUGGUCACAACUCUACAGGCUUAGUGUGGAGAACGGGUUGUUAUGAGAAAGUGAAAAUUUGGUUUGAUGACAAUAAGCAUGUUCUCGGUACAAUCGGGAUGUGUAUUCUCAUAAUACAGAUACUCGGAAUGGCUUUCUCCAUGACUCUCUUCCAGCAAAUACAUAGGACUGGUAAAAAAUAUGAUGCUUAGAGGGAUUUUCUACUUUUCAUUUGUACCAUUCUACUUUGCCAUAAAGAACAUCGACAACCAAGGAAUCCAGAUGACGUUUGCAGGACCGCCGCCCCACCUUUACUUCAAACUCUUGGCCGAAACUUGUUACUCUUUUUUUUUUGUGUAUUAUUGCAUCUGCUAUUAAUUUGCCAAAGAAGACAAAAAAUAGAGCUGGUUUCCUAAAACGUGUUCUGCUCUAACACUCUCCUCGAACUUCUCGAAACAAGCUUUGCAUACUAAUAUACUUAAGACUUCUACCAAUACAUGACGGAUAUGCUUAUGCUUCUAGGACUUUUUAAAACGAUGAACGUUCAAAAAAUAAAUAAAAAUGGAGGACUUUUGGAAGCCAUUGAAAACUGGAUUCCGCUGAAAAGGACCGGUUUUGCAUGGAACUGACUGAAAUGUUUUUUUGUACCUUAUUGGAGAUGUUUUGUUACAGACUAUGAUUAGGACUAGACUUUUGAUUUAAGUAAUUUUAAACUUUUAAUUCAU